AUGGCAGACCGAGUUCACCCGCGAAACUCACCGCUCUCGCAACCGAAGCCGUCUCCGUCUGCCGCACAGCCUGUGGGACCCUACGUCGUUAAAGUCCCGAAGCAGCUUCUCCCGUCGGAAAGUUACCGCCGUUACUCUCACUACAAUCGCCGGGAAACUCGCCGGUGCAGUUGCUGUUCAUUCCUCUGCUGGCUCAUCUCCAUCCUCUUCGUCCUCACCGUUCUCCUCGGUGCGGCAGCUGGUGUUUUCUAUCUGUUUUUCAGGCCAGAGGCACCGGUCUACGCCAUCGAACACAUCGCGGUCAAGGGAGUAAACCUCACUUCAGUGGCAUUCUCGCCGGAGUUUGACGUCUCCGUUAGAGCCUAUAACGGCAACGACAAGAUCGGAAUCUGUUACGAGGAGGGUAGCUCCUUUGCGAUAUUAUACAAUGACGCUAGGUUAUGUGACGGAACGUUGCCGUCGUUUUACCAGCCGUCCAAUAACGUGACGGUGUUUGAGGCAAUGUUGACGGGCCACGACGUGAAACUGGCGGCGUGGGACCAGAGGGCGUUAGUGAAGAACGUGGCCACACGGAGCGUGCCGCUAAUGUUGGAACUGAGGGUGCCGGUGAAAAUAAAAGUGGGGUACGUUAGUACUUGGAAGAUCACCGUUAGAGUUAACUGUGACAUGACGUUGGAUCAGUUAACCGAGCAGGCUAGGAUUGUGAAGAGGGGUUGUAGUUAUCGAGUGGAUCCUUGGUGA